AAGUGCAAUAUUUCCCGAAUUUCGAACUUUGUGUUCUUUUUAACUUUGAACAAAGUUAGUGUUUUUUCAUUGUUAUCCAGCCAGUGUUAUGUUUUAGUUUUAAAUUGGAUUUGUUUUGAGUGACACUGUUGAGAGGAAGUCCGCAUUUAGUAAACUUACGUGUUAUUUAGAGCUGUAAGAAAUAUCAGCGUUCAAGAUUAUAAACAAGCACUUUUGCAGUCGGUUCAGUGAAGUUGGAAAUCAGACGGCGCUGGAACGCGCGGUUUGAUGGCGCGGUGACGCAGCAUGCGCCGCGCGCACCUCGCUGUCUUCUUGCAGCUGCUGCUGUUUGCUGGUGGCGUCUACUUCGCGAACCCGAGCGAAGAGCUAGUCGACCUCAACCAAGUAUGGGUGGAGAUCCCCCCCGCCGUGGCUUUGGGGGGGGACGUGCGCGUGACCGUGCGCGGCGUGCAGGCGGGCGCGCGGCUGCGUGUGCGCCUCGCGCGCGAAGACGACGAAGGUCGCGCCCUCCUCGCCACCAUGCCUUUAACCCUGGAUACUGACAGCCGCAUGACCCUCCCUUGCGGCUACUUCUCUCGAGGUGGUUCCUACUACCUCGAACUUAUCGCUGAUAAAGACCUCUUCAGUGACAACAACGUCAACGUAACAGAUAGAUUAAUAAAACGCGACGCCGAUGGUGGUAAUGAUGAGGACUUAGCAGACAGUAUAUAUGUAAAACGUAUCGGUGAAACUGGUGAUACCAAUGAGGUCGUGAAAGACUUCAACAGUAAAUUAGUGAAACGUGAAGCCGACGAAAUUAGUGAUGACGGUAGCAUAAUGGAAACAGGUGAUAGUGUAGUAAAAUCUUGGAAGUUUGACGUGUUGUGGCCUUCAGCUAAGCUGGAUGUGACUCCGGAACAAAUACAGACGUAUCCAGAAAGACAAGUGACUGCUAUUCUAGAGUUUCCAAAGGUGGUGUGCACUCCAGUGGAGUCUAGUGCGGAUUUCUGGUUGGAGUUGUUGUAUUGUGGACAUUCGAGCGGUGGUGCUGUGUUGUGUGAUGGCAAGAACACCAGCUCACAUGCUCAUGUUUUGUACUCUGAACAGAUGCAUGGAUUCCCCGGCAGACGCACGAUGACCCUGCGGUGUGAGUUGUUCGGGCAGGCUGGGGACUACGCUCUGACGCUGCGACCGGCUGCAGCCGCUGGGCCGCAGGACUUAGCUGCUGCCUUCAUAAAGGCUGAUUGGUCAGAGCAGUUCGUGCUAAACGUGCACGGAGGUUCCGUGUUUCCGUGCGGGGAGGGGGUGCGCGUGCUGUUCCAGUACCCUGAGUGCGUGUUGGAGGGUGCAGACAGGGUGCGGGUGUUCGGCAGGGACGGCGACCGGCUGCGGUAUGUCGCCGAGCGGCGGGUUAGAAGAGGCCAACACACAGCGUCUUUCGACUGUCGUCUGUUUAGCGAGAGAUAUCCAGAGUACUGUUUCGUGUACGUCUCACAAGCGGUCACUGGGGCCGUUGCUGAUGUGAGGAUGGACUGUCUGCCUACCUUGCCGUUAUCAGAUGGCGGCGCUGGCGGGUGGGGCGAGUGGUCGGCGUGGUCUGCGUGUCCGGCGCCGGCGCAUUGUUCUACGCGCACGCGGAGCCGCCACCGCUUCUGCGACUCCCCGCCGCCCGCUUAUGGGGCUAAGUAUUGUGAAGGUCAAGCAGUAGAGCUGGCAGCGUGUGAGUGCUCAGCACGACCAUGGGCGGGAGACUCGUCAGUAGUUGUGGCUGAGGUGGGAGCGAGGUGUCGCUGUGGCUGCGUGCUGCAUCUCGCACCGGCUGCAAGGUUGCUGGCUGGUUCAGCGCGAGCUUGCCCUGCUAGGUCCUUCUGGUUGCUGCAGGCAGAAGAAGGAUUGGUGGUUCGGCUGAGGAUAGAAGCAGUGCGACUUCCAUGCGCGGGACAGGCGCUGAGAGCGAGGGAUGGAGACUCCCUAGGGUCGCCGCUGCUGGCGUCCUGGGAUGGACCUGAUAGCUCUGCCGUGGCUAACGACGUGGAGACCACGACGGACUCCACCGGCGUGGUGGAGAUUGCCGGUGGCCGGCACAUACUGGUGGAGCUGCGGUCUGGAGACACCAGCGAACGAUGUGCAGGCGGGUUCUUGGCACAUGCCACGCAAGUUGAACCAAUCCGCAACGCAUCAGCGGCGUGGGCGUCGGUGAGUCAUGUGCAGUGGUGGCGCAGCGGCGGCGGCGCACGCGGCGCCGCGGUUGCACUUGCAGCGGCAGCAGCGCUCGCAGCGUUGUGCUUAGCGCUGCAUUCAGCGCACAGGACGAGGGCUUACCAGCGCGCUGCAGAUAAGGAGUCGCUCACUGAUAGUGACGCAUGCUCAGCAUCAUUGGAGCUUGGUGGAGCAACAGCCGGGUCCAGGAGUACUCUGCUAUCGGAGGUGGUGGGGGGAGGGGUGUCGCUUCGGCGUCUGCUGCCUUCAGGGAAGACCAGACACACCAGGCUCAGAGACUCCGAUCGAACGUCCGAACAUGUGGAUCAAAGGGACGAAGAAGACCAGAUGACAGACGUGGAAGCUGAAGCUGACAACGCGAGUGACACCAGUGAACGCAGUGCGGCCAGCCAGCAGACAAUUACUCCUGAAAACAUAUCCUCGCGCAGUGUACCAGCUCCACCUAGUGUUACACCUUCACCACUUCGAAGGUCGCAUACUUUGUCUACUGAUGUCGGGCCUCAGGUAAAAUCUCCCUCACAACAUUGCACGAGCGAGACAACAACAGCGGAGCUCAACACAAGCGUGACGAGUGUGAGCGAGAGAGAUGACACGUGCAGCGAGAAAGACAGAGAUAGCAUGUGGGAGAAGGAUCGCAGUGAAAGCCGAGCUUCGUCUUCUACUUCCGCUGCUACUCUUACUAAUGGCUGGUACUCUCCUGCUCUAAGCGGCGUAGAAGCAGCCAGGAUCCGAGAUAACCCUAAGCAUACGAAGGAGAACUGCAACCGGCGUCUACUUCGCUCUGACUUGAGUCUCACUUCACACCCUGAAAUGGAAAUCGAUUACUAUGAUUACGAAGUCAAUAAUGCGGGGUCAGUGCCGGGGUCUUAUUUAGGAAUGGAUCCUGCUUUUCUUGUUUGGAUACCUCCGCUGGAGGAAGGAGACAUUCUGAAAGAAAUCGACAAAGCUCCAAUUUAUGAGGAAAUUCUACCAAAGGAACUUCGCCCAGACCCGGGCAGUAACACCGAGUCUCCCGAAGAUCGACCGACCUCAAGCACUCUCAAGAGAAACUCUGACAACCGCUCGAUCAAAUCGAACGAUUCAGUCAAAUCUACCAGAAAAGUCGUAGACAGGACUAACAUAAUACACCCUCUGAAUUUCAGUAUUAGCGACCUCCAGAAUUCGCCAAAACUGAACAAGAGAAAGAAGAAAAAAGAGGGAAGUGUUGUUAUACCUAUGAGGGACUUGACAAGCUCUCCUAUAAAAGUCCACAGGAGAGAGAGAAAUGACUAUGAUAACAACGCAACAUUGAAACGAGUCAACGACACGGCAAGAGAAACGAAUACUGAUACUUUGAGAAGAACUAUUGAUAUGUCUGACAUAAAGUUUGCUGACGAGAAUUCUGAUUCGUCAAAUGAAAUUAAAUUUGCUGAUGACUCGCCUGAUAGCAAUAAGCUUGGUGAAAAAUUUGAUGUUAAAGUUUAGAAUUUUCUGAUGAAAUGACUACCUGGAUUAUAAAUGGGGGUUUUAAAGUGAUAGGUAACAGGAGUUAAUUGUUUAGAGUUCCUUGUUGGAUGAUCAGCAACUUGAAGUGAAGGAUACUUUAAAAAAUCUUUACAAACAAAAAUGCCAGUAUUUUUACAUAGUACUCGUAAUUUAGUUUAGACUUGACACUCUAAAUGUCUCUUUGGCUACCAACUUCAAUACAAUAUAAAUGAUCCCUCCUACUUGUUUAGGAAUGUAAUUAUUCUAGGAUAAUGUCUUUUUAUGACACAAUUACGUCAUCAUCGAUAUAAUAUAGGUAAGUUCAAUAUAAACUUUCACUACCAAAGAUUAGUAAUUGAAACCCCAAAGAUCAUAUUCCAUUAGAUUUUUGUAAGGACCAAACUGUGAAUAAACCUGACAUACCGUCUUUCAUAUCAUCAAAUCAUUUUAGAUGUAACAAGCAUUCUAUUUUUAAACGUUUCAUGCCAUAUUCACCGUUUAUAAGGUAGUGUAGAGUAACUUUUAUAAUAAAAUUACUUGUUUCAAUGAUGUGUAGUUCUGUAGCCGCAUUUACGUCGUCACUUGUAGCUCUCAGCUCAUUAUGUGUUCCACUUUGCACUGUAAAUACAGCAUUACCUGACUGUGUUUGUAACUUUAUUUCGAUAUUCGUUUAAAUUAGAAGACUGACGAUAUCGGGCAGUGCAAUAUCUUUCAUAUUCUGCUCCUUUGAAUUAAUUAUUCGAAGAAGGAUGAACUAUGUAAGUAGUCAAUUGGUUGCCGAGUAUAGAAUUUUAUGUAAAGCGCAUAAACAUAGGUCGGGCGCAUAUAAUAUUUGUAUGAUCAUUUGCAGAGUUUGGGUUUAAAUUUUGUGUGUCUAUUCAAUCAUUCAGGGUCUAUCGGCUACUAAAUGUGUUGCAGACUGUAGUAGAGAAAUCAACUUGUGUUUUUUAUUAAAAUGUAAUGUAUUGCAAUGUAAUUAUUCUAGUCAUUUAUUUUAUUCUAAAUUAUCACUUAUGUAUUAUAAUUAUUUAAUGUUAAAGAAAUUAAAUUAUUUAUUGAAGUACAUUUUUCUGAGGAUGUUAAAGAUACACUACCAGACUUUGUAAGUUAUUUGAAUGAGAAUUAAAUGAGUUGCAUCCAUCUAAUUUUAGUUGUUUGCUAAAAGCUGCUGCUUUUGCUGCGUAUAUGCCAGUCAUGCGAACUUACGAACGGAUAACGAACUCAAUUCGACUAUAUCGGAUUCGUAAAAUAAAUAUGAACUUAUUCCUUUAUAAGAACUCGUUCGGUCGACGUAUGCGCAAAGCAAAAAGUUAUCUUGUAUGGAGUGAUGUACAAGUAUGUAAAUAACAAGAG